GACAAUUUGCCCGACUUCACAACCUGCCUUGAACAAGCGACAGCUCAGGGACGACGACGCUCCAGCACAGCAAUCUGCCUCUCAAAACCUUACCCCGCUCAAUCGCAAGAAGCCUCCACCAACACUCGGGCGCAUCAGCGCACCAUUCGCUGUGUCUGGGAACAAAGAGACUGUGACACCAACUCGAAACAAUUCGCCCGCUGGAUCCGGAAUCUCCUCAACUACUCUUACCAACCUAAAUACACCGCAUACGCCAAUCUCACAUUGAGAGCAUUCACAAAAGGAGGUAGUGAGUGAGUGAGGGAAGAGGGAAGCAGUCAAGAUGUCAGACGCCUACGAGCGCGAACGCCAGAACAACUCGCGUUUGGCUGAGCUAUCUAAUAAAGUCUCGGCGCUGAGGGGCGUGACAGUGGAUAUUUAUGAUAAUGCGAGGGCGCAAGAUGUUAUUGAUAAUACUUCAGAUACAUUCUCCUCGAUGAGCACGAGCUUGAAGGGGUCUGCGGGGCGAUUGGGAAGAAUGGCUGCGAGUGGGAAUAAGGUUGCGAUAUUGAAGCUUUCGGGGAUGAUUGUGGGAGGUGUUUUGAUCCUAUGGUUUAUCUGGGGUUUUAUCUUUUGAUCUGCAUCCUCUUAAAAGAUUACAAUGAGUAGAUGAGAGGACGGCAAUGGAAGGAGUAGAAGGAUCUUGAGAAACGGGG